GCCUCGGGAGGCAAAGAGGGAAGAAGACAUGCGCGGCUCAAGAUGACCAAGAAGAACCGCAGCAAUAGACCUGCCGUGCGCGUCGCCCUCUCCACUUAUUAUUUGUCCCUGAUUUGCAUUGCUUUGGGCAUUGGCGUUGGGAGGUUGUUGUUAACACGCAUUUGCGAUCAAUAUUAUACCGGAUACGUCCUGGCUUUACUCUCUUUCAUUCUGUUACUCGCGGGACCGGUUUUGGGACCGAAUGUCUUAUCAUAGCAUCGAAUUUUGGGCAUUUCAGGGCAC